CCCUGCCGUACAGCUGGAUGCCGUAUUGCAGUUGGUGUUGUUGUGAGGAGCUGCACUAGCAUAAGGAUGUGGCUCUUCAAAUCAAAUCUUUGGGCUUUUUUCUUCCUUUUUGUGGGCCAGUAUAACACAUGUGCUCUUCAGGAUGUGACCGCCGACCUUUUCGGUGGAGAAAACUAUGGGACAGUGGCAGCGUUUGGAGAUAUUUACGCCGAUAAACAGACAGACAUCUUCAUCAUCAGAGAGCAGUCUGAAGUGGUGAUAUUCGUGGCUGACUCGAAAGCACCUUACUUCAAACCCAAAGUUCACAUCACUAAGGACCUUUUCCCCAGUGAGACCAUCAUCACCAGUGUGGUUCCUGGAGACUAUGAUGGAGACUCUCAGAUGGAUGUCCUUCUUACAGCUCAGAUCAACUCCAACUUCGAAACUGUCCUCAUCUUCUGGGGGCACAACCAGACAUUAGAUAUGAGUGGGUGGCUCACGCUGAACAAGACCUUUGCAGAUCAGCCUCUUGUUAUGGAUUUCAAUGGGGACAUGAUCCCAGACAUUCUUGGAGUCAACAGCUCCUUAUCCAUUGAAGUCUGCAAUCUCACCAGCAGGAUUCCAUCAUGUGAGAGUGCACUGAGUUCAUCUGUCAAGAUGCGCAAGCCACACUCUAACGCUUUCAUUGACCUCAACAAGGACUUCACCGCUGAUUUGUUCCUGACCACUGAGGGGCCUAAGUUUGAGACGUGGCUCAGUAAGGACGGGAAAUUCACCAGAGCUGAAAUCAUGCCAGGAGAUCCGCCACCAGCCAAGAUUGUGGGACAGUCUUCCUUUGUCGACUUUGAUGGUGAUGGCUACCAGGACCACCUCCUCCCCGUGUGUUUGGAUGACGGCUGUAAAAACAGUACCAUCUAUCUGGCCAAGUCAGGCUCAAAAGAGUGGGUAUCAGUGCUGUCGGAUUUCCAGCGGAGGGAAACGGUUUGGAGCUUUGUGCCAGCGAAACCCAGCCAACCCCUGGCCCUGCACCUCGGGGACUACAACCUGGACGGCUUCCCUGAUGCCCUGGUGGUCCUCCGCAACACCAGUGGCAGUGGUCAGCAAGCCUUUCUGUUGGAGAACGUACCCUGUAACAGCGCCAGCUGCCACAGUGUAGGAAGAAUGUUUCACAUCCACUGGGACCAAUCAGAUUUGGGAGCCAUCCAAAAUGCCGUCAUGGCAACGUUCUUUGACAUCUAUGAGGACGGUAUAUUAGACAUGCUGGUUCUAAGCCAAAAAGAGGGCAAAAAAGACUUGAUCAUCCAUGCUUUGAAGAACAAUUUUGAAGCCGAUGCCUACUUCGUCAAAGUGAUGGUGCUCAGCGGCCUCUGCUCCAAUGACUGUCCAGAAGAUGUCAAGCCGUUUGGUGUUAACCAGCCAGGUCCCUAUGUCAUGUACACCACAGUGGACUCCAAUGGCUACCUGAAAAAUGCAUCGGCCGGUCAGUUGAGUCAGUCGGCUCACUUCUCCCUCCAGCUGCCCUACACUGUGCUGGGCCUCGGACGCAGUGCCAACUUCCUUGACCACCUAUUUGUCGGCAUCCCCCGGAAGCCUGGAGACACGGACAUAAGGAAGCAGGAGUGGACGGCCAUCAUUCCCAACUCUCAGCUCAUCGUCAUCCCCUUCCCACACAAUAAGCCCCGCAGUUGGAGCGCUAAGUUGUACCUGACUCCAAGCAACAGCGUGUUGCUGACGGCCAUCGCGCUGAUCGGAGUGUGCGUCUUCAUCCUCGUCAUUAUUGGGAUCCUCCACUGGCAAGAGAAGAAAGCAGACGACCGAGAGAAGAGGCAAGAAGCCCACCGUUUCCAUUUCGACGCCAUGUGAUAGAAGAGACUUGCAUCAUGGGAGAACAUCUCCUGUCCUCCUCCGCCCACCCCCUUACCCCCCUCCCCUCUUAACACACAUAUUUUCACUCAGACUCAUUUCAAGGGCCAAUAAACGGAUCCUCAUUUGCCCCAAAAUGUUUCUUUUUGAUAUUCUUCAGUCCUCCAGUCAGAUGUGAAAUAUUUAUGUUCCAUUUCAUUAAUUCAUUCCAGUGUUAGAAGUACAGGAGCUGCAACAAGGCCAUGGAGACACAGAGAGAAAUCCUAAUGGAGAUCAAGUUUAAAGCAGGGAUUUCUUUGGACUGGCUGUAGUCGGCAGUAUGAUCAUCAGUGGUGUUAUUAGACUAUUAGUUUGACAAAAUGACAGAUUUGUGUUGAAACAGCCAACAAAUUACUCCAAUAUUGUAAGCUGUUUGUUGAAUAACUGGAAGGGAAGCACCUUUGGCACCAAGUGUUGUGUGUAAUGUUACUUGAAAUCCAUGUCUGCGUUACUGUAUGGUCUUUUGAUUCACUUCUGUCUUUUGCAUUUGAUUGGGAUAUUGUAAAGACCUCCUUCAGAUUUUAUUACCUGUGAAAUUAAACUGAGAUGUAUUCUGUGAUAUCAGUCUCGGCCUUGAAACUGCAGCAGUAACUGGUGCAAAGUGAACAAAAACGGACACAAUAAUUGUGUGGAACAUUUUUCUGCUACCAAUCUCCCCCAAAGAAUGAUGAAUGGCCUUCAGGUCUGCUGAGUGCAAAUUAAUCUUUUCCUCUGUCUAUCGUUUCACAGUGCAUCAUGGCAGUGCCAAAAAGAAAGUUUCUAUGUUGCAUCCUGCUAAUGCUACUGCUUAAAGGCUCAGCAGAUAGAAACUGCUGCUGAAUGAGACACACGUUACUCCAGCUUCUUCACAGAUAUAGUUUUAAUUUCUGUUGUCUUUUUGUAAGUUGAUCAGGCCAAGCGCUCUGGUGUGUUCAGAUAUUUAUUUUACAGGAAGGAGCUCAUGCCAAGUGUUUUGCACUUUUUAACUAAUGAUUAACUGCGGGUGUAUGUAAUUUAUUUUGUUUUGUGGAUUUGAUUUUGCAAAUGAAUGUUAAAGCUACUACAUGUGUUUACUUACUGAGGUUAAGAAUAAAGGUUUCUCUGGCUUAAAUCAA